AUUAUAAUCUAUCUGCAUUUGAUAACAUAACCUACAAUGGUACUAAAAAGCUUAUCUUUGAUUAUAGAUAAUAAAAUAAAAAUUUGCACUUAAUCGAAUAUAAAAAAAGAUUUGUCGCAAAAGUUUGGGGACUUUCGGUCACUCCCGCAAUUUUUCGCACACAAGCAAUCUACAGAAUAUUACAAAAUAUUUAUAUUUUUUGUUAACACACAAGUAAAAAUGUAUAAGAAUAUUAGAUUCAUUUAUACAUUAAUUAUUGGAACUUUUUCUAUUGCUUUAUUUAUUUAUGGAUUUUUUCCUAUUGUACACUAUGAUAAUACUAUAGCAUCAAUAAAUGAUAUACCACAAUUUAUAGAUAAUGUAAGGGUAGAAAGAGAUGCUUUGUAUAAACCAUUAGUAAAUAAAGUUAUAAUUAUGGUAAUUGAUGCAUUUCGUUGGGACUUUAUAUCGGAUUCGGUUGGAAAAGCUGCUAUGCCAAUAACAAAUAAACUUAUAGAGAAUCCGUUUGUAUGUCUAUUGCAAGCGAAAAUAGAACCACCAACAGUGACAAUGCCUAGAAUAAAAGCAAUGACAACAGGUAGAGUACCAACUUUUGUUGACAUGGUUUUAAAUUUAGGAAGCGAGCCUAUUGUAAGUGACAAUAUUCUACUUCAAGCAAAGACUCAUAAUCACGAUAUAAUAUUUUAUGGAGAUGACACCUGGCUAAAAUUGUUUCCUACCAUGUUUAAACGUUAUGAUGGUACUACAUCAUUUUUUGUUACUGAUUUUACAGAGGUAGACAAUAAUGUUACAAGACAUAUAGAUAAUGAAUUCCACAAUAAUGAUUGGUCGAUAAUGAUUCUUCAUUAUCUAGGAUUAGAUCAUAUUGGACAUGUAACUGGACCAUUUAGUUCUUUAAUCAAAUCAAAACUUACUGAAAUGGAUAAUAUUAUAGCAAAAAUAUAUUCAAAAAUUUUGCAUUGGAAUGAAAAUGGUAUUGGUCCUAUUUUGUUUGUAAUUUGUGGGGAUCAUGGUAUGAAAGAUUCUGGAGGUCAUGGUGGUGCAACAUUACAAGAAACUACGGUACCUAUCAUUGCAAUUGGAGCGAAUUGUUCUAAAUCAUAUACUCUACCAAAAAAAAUAGCUCAAUUAGAUAUGGCAGCAACAUUAUCUGUGAUAUUGGGUCUACCUAUACCAUAUUCCAAUUUUGGAAGUGUGGCAUUAGAUUUAUUGAAUAACUUACCUAUCUCUAGAAAAUUAUUUGCACUUUAUUACAAUGCAAAACAAGUUCAUACUCAAUUCAAAAAAUUGACUGACUACAACUUUCAAUAUGCUCAUCAUAAAUACAUAGAUGCAGUAAAACUUCAUCUUGCUUGGCUAAAAUCUGUUAAUAAUUCGUAUGAAACAGGAUAUGAUGUUAUAGCUGCAUACCGUUCAGCACUUAAUGAAAUGAAAGAGUUAUUAGUAAAAAAUAUAUUAAAAAAUGAUACACAUUUAAUGAUUACAGCAAUGUUUUUUCUGUGUCAUGUCUCAUGGAUUUUAUUGCAUGACCAAUAUUAUCCAUUAGUAACUUUUAAAAAAGUAUUGAAGUUAAUUAUGAUAAAUUUAUUGUUAUGGAUAAUGAUAAUUUCUUUCUGGAGUUUUGAAAUUCUAAGCUUAUCUCUUUUUAGUGAUAUAAAAAAUUGUGUAUUUAUAUUAAGCAUUAUUGGACUUUUGUUUUUAAACUGUUACUUCCUUGCUAAAAUUAAAUAUCAUCAUUAUUUUAAUAUUAAGUUAAAAAAUUUUAAAACCUUCGAAUGGAUUUUUCUCUAUGGAAUAUUAAUACAUGCUAUAAGUCUAGGUAGUAGUAGUUAUGUGGAAGAAGAACAUCAAACUUGGUAUUUUUUUUGGGUUUCAUUCCUUGUGCUAUUGCUUUGUAAGAAUAGCAAAACAAUUAUAAUGCAAUCUUUAAAGAUACGUGUACAUAGCACACAAUUUCGAAUCUCUAUUGAAAUAUUACUAUUGCUCACAGGACACAGAAUCCUUCGUAUGUUAAACAGUACUGGUAAUAAAUAUAAUCAUCUUCCUGAUAUUGCAGGACAUUUAAUGAAAGAAGAAUCAAAAGUCAAUAUAACAAUCUUUGUUAUUAUUGCUCUUGCACUUUUAGUAUGGAUUGGUUUUAUACAUGACAAAUCAAUAUAUAGACAGUAUACUUUAUUUUUGAAUAUAGGAUUAUCUCUAUGUAUUUAUCUUCGUCACACGAACAAUCAAACUAUAAUACCUAUAUCAUUAUAUCAUCCAUCUAAAGACGUAAAGGAGGUACUAAUAUUUUGGAACUUAUUUACAAUAUUCUGUAUAUUCUCUGCAUACAGAUUGAUUUUAGUAGCAAAACGCAAUAAAACAAAUUUUUUAAAUUAUACCAUAUUUUUUUGUAUACAAGCAUGGGUUAUGGUAUCAGCAUUAUUACAUCAACCAUAUAAUCUAAUAUUACUUCCGAUACAAUUAAUAAUCAUUUGUAUGAUUAAUUCAAUAUUAAAAUAUAAUAAUAUAGAAAAAAUUAAUAUACUUAUAAAUGCUUGGAUUGGAAAUGUAUUUUACUUUUAUCAGGGAAAUUCUAAUAGUCUUGCUGAUAUUGAUAUUGCAGCUGGCUAUGUAGGUUUGCAAUCUUAUAGGCCUAUUAUUAUUGGAAUGUAUUUAAUUGUGAAUACAUAUUCAGCACCAGUUUUAGCUUAUCUCUUAAAUAUGUAUCACAGAACAUUAUCAUACAAAUCAUCUCAUAGUUUACACUAUGUACUUUUGUCAGACAACAGAAUUUAUAUGAUAUGGAAGUUAGUACCAGUUACUAUUUAUACGUUUAUAAUAACAAUUCAAAAACAUCAUUUAUUUAUAUGGAGCGUAUUUGCACCGAAAUUAUUGUACGAAUCAAUGUAUUUAGCUGUUAUGAAUUGUAUUAUAUUAUUGUUGGAAACGAUUAUUUUGAUGCAAUAUAUAAUAAAUAAGUGUAUUAAGUAAA